AUGUCAUUAUCACCAUCUCUCUCCUUGCAUGAAUUGGUAUAUAAAGACCGUCUUGAGUUUUCUACUCUAAAAGAAUCUCCAAAACUUACCUCUUCAUUGGAAACUAUUAAUGAAACUGCUGAAGUCGUGGCAUGUGUACACGAAAAACUUUGUCCACCUGUAGAAUCUCCUCUGGCUUCUGUGUCAUCACCGCCAAAAUUGGUGGAAUUAGACAAGAAAUCAGUUAUUCCGCUUGUCUCACCUUCAGAUAGUGUAAACACUUUGCAUUCGCUAAAAUUUCGAAAUAUUACUGAAAUAUUUUCUCCUUCGCCUGUUGGAUUGGCUUGCAUGAACAAUUGGGAUUCUUAUAUAAAAAUGAUCAAUGAAUCUCAUAAAUCGUUUGCCAAGCCCGUCCAAAUACAAGCAGAAGUAUUUGUUGCGGAUCAAGUAAUUCCUGUUUUCAAGAAUGAGGAAGUGUUAUUAGAACAAGAGGAAGUAAACAGCCCGAAAUUUCAAACAACUUUGGAAUCUUUACCAUUAGUAUCCUCACAUAUCUCAUCAUCAGUCUCUUUAUCACACACAAAUGUUACAUCACACAUUUUGCAACGACCGUCGAAUCUUCUUCUAACUGCAGUUAAAACAGAAAAAGACGAGGAGUAUAAGGCGGAAAAGAAUGCAAAAUCAUAUUUGCAUGCAGAUUUAGCUGUGAAGACAACUCAGCUUUAUUAUCAUAAUAUGCCAGUUUAUAGUGAGCAUGAGAAUGCUAUCAAAACAGAAGUUGUGCUACAAAAUUUGAUCAAUGCAUCAGAAUCAGUCGUUUGUCGUAAACUACCACCGACUGUUGUUGAUCAUAAUUAUUGUUUCGUAGUUGAUGCAGAAAAAAUCAGUGCAGAUUCAAUUUUUCGUGAUAUGGUCCAUUGGAGUCACGCAAGUAGAUUGACACAGUACUUUUAUUCCGAUGAUAUGCAUACAUUUUAUCGCGUCAUUUGCAUAAAAGUUAAAGGAAGAAUAAUUGCCAUGAAACUGAUGGCUGAUGCUCAAAAUCAAACACCUAACUCUUUGCCACGCUCACUCUUUACGCCAGUUUCAACCUCAUCGCGAUCAAUACCACUUCGUCGGCAGUCUCAAACAUGCAGUAAUUUCGCGCCACGUUGUUCUAUUUCAUUAAGUAGCAGAUUCUCCGAUAGUAUUGUAUCAUUAACAAACGUUUACAUUGCUACACGCUGCUACAGCUUUUGGAAAACGUGUCCAUCAUUUCAUCGCAUUAUUACACUGUUCGACCGUGUUGGUGAAAAUUCAGAAGCAAAUAGUAAAUUUAAAAAGCGAUUUUUUUUACAAUAUACCUGGCGUAAUACAAAACCUAUGGAUAAAGCGCGUGUUAUACGUGAGUAUGGAUCGCAUUUUAGAAGAAAGCCAUUUCAACCAGAUACUACCAAAGUUUUUGCAAGACAUUUCCAAACAUUGAGGGUUCAAGCGAAAUGUUUAAAACAUGCUGAUAGAGCGAGCAGUAAUUCGAGCGAGUCACUAAUCACGUUUCCAGUAGCAGUUAAUCAAUCUGCAGUUCUUGAACUUUCAGAAAAUGAUUUGUUACUUGGAUAUUCAAAGGUAUUUUCAGUUGAGAAGUCAGCAUUGGAUGCUGAUCAAACUAUGCGGAAUGUUUUAAAUUGUCCUGUUGAAUAUAUCAGCAAAGACCCACCAAUGAUUGCACUUCAGAAUUAUUGUUUUGUUAUCAGUAGCAACGGAGUUGACGUCGAUAAAAUAAUGAAGAAUUCAAGGUGGUGGUGGAAGCAAACAAGCUCGAAUACGCGUUAUUAUUACUCAACUGAAAUGAAAACCUUUUAUAGGGUUGAUGUACUGCUAUGUCGAGGGGAAAUACGCUGUGCAUAUAUGAGAAAGCACCGAACUACUAUUAUCGAGCAGGUCCCAUUACAUAAACUAUUUAGAGUCACGAGAAUAUUUGGCCAUUGGAAAACAUGUACAAAUUUUCAUCGAAUUAUUAGUGAUAUUCAUCCAGUGACAGAACGUGGAAUCGAGUUUUAUGGAUUUCAAAAACGAAUAUUUGUGCAAUAUUUAUGGAGAACUGAAAAACAAUCGGAAAAAGGACGUGUUUUACGAGAAUAUCUUGCGAACACAAUUACGAUACCGAGAUCAGGAAUCAAACAUAGCCGAACUAGCAUAGAAGCACGGGAUAAAGCUGAUGUUAAUACCAGUCAUGGACAAUCAUGCAGUGUUGUUAGUUUUCAGCGCUGGCCAGCAAUCAUCCAACGCAACACGUCAUCAGAACUGGUUUCUGAGUCUAGUCAUCCAUCACGUAUUCCGCGGAUACGAAAAACAACAUUGAAAGAUCGACCAAGAUCUGAAUUUAAAAAAACAACAUCAAAACUGAUUCAACCAGAAAAAUCAUUCAAAAAUAGACCUAAUGAUGUAACGAUGUUAUCGAAUUGCCCGUCAAAGAUACCUCAGAUGCGUAGUUUGAAUUUAAAAAGGCAUGCAAAAACUUAUCAAAUUUAA